AUGGACAAAACACCAGCUCCCAUCUUCCGCAAGCAGCGACCUCUAAUCCCAUCUUCAUCCGUUGCGCCAUCGUCAUCUCCGGCAUUCGGAACGCCAGUCUACCCUCCAAAGCCAUUCAAUAUCAAUGCUCCCAAAGCUGCGAUCCUCCCCAUUAUCCUGCCGCCGGCGACUCUCCGACCGCUCGCAUUCCGCACCUUUACAAAGAAACAUUCGCUCACGCUCACAUCCUCUGCAUUGCAAGAUCUUGCCUCGUUCAUCGGACGGCAUUGCGGCUCAGGAUGGCGCGAGGAAGGCCUAGCAGAGAGGGUGCUGGAGGAGAUAGCCAGGAGUUGGAAGAAUCGCAAUGGCGGCGUCAUGGUAGAAGGGUCCAGUAAAGAGCUACAGGACAUCCUCAAGACCCUGGAGGGGAAUAUGAGCGGCGGCAAGAUCAUGGGUCCUGGCAGAGAGCUUCCUAGGGGAGACAGCAUGCUGGACAUCACCGAUAACGAUACGCUGAACACCAGACUUGGCAUAAGGCCGACCUCGCUCCCACGGCAAGAUAGUAAUGCUAGCUUUGGCAUGUCGGGAUUGGGGAUGCAGGAGGAGGCAGACGACGACGAGGAAGCCAAUGAUGCCCGAGCAUGGCUGAAAGUCAUCGAUGCGUAUGAACAGCCACGACUCCUUUACAACGUUGAUAAGAAACACUUUGAAAGAGAUACGGCCAAGCCCUCAUUAUUACCUCCCGCCUCUCACAAAACCACUGUCUUCCGAAACCGCUACCACGUCAUCCACCAACGCCUCCUCCGAAACGAAUCAUUUCAAGUCUCCUCCGUCACCUCAUCCCGCAGACACACACUCCAGCGCUCGCUUUCCAAUCAACAGUCUCUCAAAAUCACGCCAAUCGCCAAUUUGCUUGGUCGACAUGGAAGCAAUCACAUGCUCCUCGGCCAGCUGAAUAUCCUACCCACAGGAGACUUGGCCGUAAGUGAUUUGACGGGCACCAUUGCUCUCGACCUUACACAGGCUGUUGCCAUUCCCGAGGAUUCGGCAUGGUUUUGCCCCGGGAUGAUGGUUCUUGUGGAUGGCGUGUAUGAAGAAGAAGAGGAGUCUGUUGGCAAAGGAUUGAGCGGCAGCAGUGGUGUUGGAGGUACUCUUGGCGGCCGCUUCCAAGGUUUCUUUAUAGGACAGCCUCCAUGCGAGAAGCGUAAGUCGACUCUCGGCAUCAGCGGCCCUGAUGGCAACGACCAUGAUCAAACAAUUGGCGGAGGCUUCGGCUGGAUUGAUUUCCUCGGCAUUGGCAGCGAACGAGCUAUUGGUUCCAAAAUGCGGAGGCUAGAGAGAAGGCUGCUCCCCUCCUCCUUAGAUCAAGACAUGCCCUCUCGAAACCGAGUGGUGAUCAUUGGUGAAAUCAACCUCGAUCAACCCCGAGCUCUCCAGGCCCUCCGCAAAAUCCUCUCCAUAUACGCCUCUGAACCUGAAGGCACUUCACCUCUGACAUUUGUUCUGGCCGGCAACUUCACACAACACGCCGUCAUGGCCAGGGGCGGAAGUGGGGGCAGUAUCGAAUACAAAGAAUACUUUGACGCCCUAGCCUCCACCUUCUCCGAUUUCCCUACCCUCCUCCAGUCAUCCACCUUUGUCUUCGUGCCCGGCGACAAUGAUGGCUGGGUCUCCUCUUUCACUGGUGGUGCCUCCGUACCACUGCCCCGGAAACCUGUUCCCGACAUGUUCACCUCACGCAUCCGCCGUGCCUUUGCCGCAGCAAACGCAGAAGCUGGCAAUACAGGCGUCCAAGGAUCUGCGGUAUGGACGAGCAACCCAAGCCGAAUGUCCCUUUUCGGAACGAACCACGAACUAGUAUUAUUCAGAGACGACAUCUCUGCCAGAUUAAGGCGCACUUCCGUCACCCUCAAGCGCACGGCGGCUGCCGAAACGCACGAGGCCCAAGAAAACCCACCCGCCGAAACCCAACAAGAUGAUCCAACCCCAUCUGCGGCAGAAGACGCCAUGGAAGUCGAUUUUGCAGAAAAGUCCUCCGCCACGACGAUGUCAUCUUCUCCUCCUCUCGACGUCAAGACAGCCCAAAAGCUCGUCAAGACAAUUCUCGACCAAGGCUAUCUGUCUCCCUUCCGCCAGUCAACGCGGCCCGUACACUGGGACUACGCAUCCGCGCUGCACUUGUACCCUCUCCCUACUGCAAUGGCACUCAUCGAUACGACAGCCCCGCCCUUUUGCAUCACAUAUGAAGGCUGCCAUGUUAUGAAUCCGGGAAGCAUUCUCGUAUCUGGGCGAAAGGGUGUGGGAAGAUGGGUCGAAUAUGAAAUUGGGCGGCAAGGGAGAGUAAGGGAGUGUACUCUAUAG